CCAGCCCCCACCCUGGAUUCAGAGCCCCCCCCCCAUCAGUGAGUCUUGGCUCUGCUUAUAGCAUCUGACGCCAGAGGGGCUGAAAAUAGCCCCUGGAGAAGGGGGAGAAGGGAGUAUUUAAAGGGCCCUGGAGGAGCUGGGCAGAGUAAAGCAUUGGGAGCAAGCAGUGACCAUGGCCACUUCAGAGCUGAGCUGCCGCGUGUCGGAGGAGAACCAGGAACGCCGGGAAGCCUUUUGGGCGGAGUGGAAAGAUCUGACUCUUUCUACCAGGCCGGAGGAAGGCUGUUCACUGCAUGAGGAGGAUACCCAGCGGCAUGAGACCUACCACCGGCAGGGGCAGUGCCAGGCGCUGGUGCAGCGUUCACCCUGGCUGGUGAUGCGCCUGGGCAUCCUUGGUCGCGGGUUGCAAGAGUACCAAUUACCCUACCAGCGGGUACUGCCGUUGCCCAUCUUUACCCCCACCAAGGUGGGAGUCGCCAAGGAGGAGCGCGAGGAGACCCCUGUCCAGCUACGGGAGCUGCUGGCACUGGAGACAGCCCUGGGUGGUCAAUGCAUGGAGCGCCAGGAUGUGGCCGAGAUCACCAAGCAGCUUCCCCCUGUGGUGCCCGUCAGCAAGCCUGGGACCCUUCGUCGCACCCUGUCCCGCUCUAUGUCCCAAGAAGCACAAAGAGGCUGAGAGAGACUGUGACUCGGGCUCCACUGUGCCCACCCUGGGCUGGGCCCUUGCUGGCUAGGACCACGGAGGGGAGCUGCUGGCCAUGGCUGCUUUGUAGUUUGCCCAGAGUUGGGGACUAUGGGAAGACGGGUCCAGAGGCCGGGAUGCCUGGAUGUCCUGAGUUCCCAAAGGGAGGGGAGCAAAGAUGGUGGGCACUAGGGGUGGAGAGCUGGGGGUCAGCCCAGCUGAGCACCCUCAGCCCCAGGAGGAGGGUUGAAAGAUGCUGGUGAGGGCGAGAGGCCCCUGGGAGCUGUGACCUGGUUCACAUUUCAGCUACAGAGAAGGAGUAGGACAAGCGAGUGGAUCCAGAAUGUUCUGGGAAGGAAAAUG